AUGAUACCUGUUUACCACUAUGCCCUGAUGCAACCAAGAAAUGGAAUUCCUGCCAGGACUGGCAAAAUGAAUAGCAAGUUUGAUUUUAAAAGCAUCAGUUCAAGUCAGGCGUCCAUUAUGGGUGACCUUCAGAGACUUCUUAGCCAAGGAGAAUAUGCUCCUUUUACCUCUGCUCCCAUCUUCGAGAGCAAAUUUGUCCAGGUUAAUCGAAGAGGGGAACCAAUUUCUGUCCAUAACCAACCCAGCUGUGUGACCAUUGGCAUCUGUGCUGCCAAUCCCAGUUCGCCAAUGCCCAAUGCGAUGCUGGUAGCGUGCAAGGUGCCCGUGUGCCCACAGGAAAGUACGACAAACUUCUGGAAACUCUCAGAGCAGCCAUACCACAUGGAACAGCUAGCACUUACCAGGUUAUUCCCCUUGAAGUUUGUGGAACUCUCUGUCCACAGCACAGAUAAGCAUCACCUCAUGUUAAAAUUAGUAAAUGGCCGUUCCUAUUAUCUAGAGCUCUGUGCCCCGACAGACCAGCAACAACACCUAUUCCACCUGUGGCUGCAGCUCAUCUCUCUCCUGAAACCCCCAGAAAAUACCAGCAAUACCAAAGUUGAUGUAAAAUGCAAGGAUUUUGGCACGUGUCACAAGAAAGCUCCCAGCUCAAACAACCCAUCAGAAAAUAGGGACCACCCACAAGAUGUGCCUAACCCCAAAACAGAGGAAAAAGAAGUUACUAAACAAACCUCCUCCAACCAAGUUCCCCUCUCAGGUACAGUGGGUCCCACAGAAGAGAGUGGAAGGAAAGUGGAAGCCUCCCACACCUACCUGAAACCAACCAGGCAAGAAACCACCAUGCAGUCAAAGAAUAUAGAUCCUCUGGAUACAAAGAAGAGCAAAAGCACAGAAAAGAGGAAGACUAGGACAAAUCCAAUGAAGCAAAAAAGUGGAAAAAAAUUACAGACUUCAGACACUCUGUUCUGGGCACCUUCUGUGCCUCAGCCUCCCUCUGCUCUCCCAGAGACAGACUCCCAGAUGAGAGUAAACAUUUUUCGUCCCACAACAGGCCCCAGCCUGGCUGGGGCUUUCAAGCUUGGUUUGCGGCUUCAGCAGCAGUACAAGGAGAAUGAGGGGAUGAUGAGGAGGGUGGAGGAGAAAGGGGCUGCAGCAGCACGGAGCGCCCAGGGCACAUGCCAGCCUCAGCAGGCAGUGGAAGAGUGGGCAGGAGGAGGCAGCUGGGGGGGGGAGAGGACGAAGGAGCCGGCCGCAGCCUGGACAGGCAAGCCAGUUCUGUUCAGGUCACAGGGGCUCCCGUGGAGGUGCCUCUCCGGGGUGCAGGAAGAGCUGUGGCAGAGAGAUGGGACACGACUGCGGGAGGACAGAGACACG